CCCAGAGUUGUGUUCAGAUCACUUUUUUCCAGCUGAUCUUAUGCGUAAGUCAAAUGGAACCAAGUACAUAAGAAAAGGUGCUAAUCCACGCCGUUGUGAAGGGAUUAUGUUUUUGGACGAUUUUUCACACAGGUAGCUAUUUUUGAUAACCACAAUAACAAUUUUCUAAACUACUUGCUGUUUUCAAUUUCAGUUCUGGUUCCACUUCCACUGUUUUCAGCUCACUCACCAACUCUCCUCCUUCUCCAAGAAAAACCUUGCAGAUUUCUAAACUAUGCUUGGAUAACAAAGCAUUUGUUGAAUCCCAAGCCCCUGAUGAAAUCGAGAAUAUUGACUAUAACAUCCAAAGGCCUGAAAAUGUAACUUCCCCGAUAACUCACGAGUUAAUAUCUGUUCCUGGUCCUGAUCCCUCUGGAAUUGGAAUACAAGAUAUUGAGAUGACAAAUCGUGAGGGUGUAUCAUCUUCAGGAACUGAAACGGCUUCAACCUCAACAACUGAAACUGCAUCGGAAGUAGGAGAAUCAGUGCCUUCAACCAUUAUUAAAACAGCUGAAAGUAAAAAAAGGUAUGCUGGCAGUGAUCUUACAUGUCCUGAAAUUAUAUUAAUAGCUAUAUUUUUUUUACAGGAAGAGGCGAUAUGUAGGUGA